AUGCAAAGAAACGGAGAUCUACAACGAAAAGUUAAAUAUGCUACCGAUUAUCCUGAUUUUCGCCCAAUAAAAUUAAAAUUUAAUUACGAUUGGCUUGAUCCAGCAGGAACAGAUAGAUAUUUAUGUAGGGAGGCUGGAGUAGAUCUACAUUGGCAUCCAUAUGUUUCAGGAACAUGCACAGAAGAAAAUUUAAUGACUGAAGAGAAAAAGAAAAAUUUUAUAGGGACAUUAGAGAAUUGUAGGAAGUUUUUAGAAAAAAAUUUCCAAGUUCGACCAUUGCCAAGGGAUACAAUAUAUAUUGAUAGUGAUGGCGUUGGAAUGCAAAGAGAUCCAUUACCAGUUCAAUCUGUAACCGGAUGUGAUAUGCACUUUAUUAUUUGCGGUCGCGCAUAUAAUGGUCUAAUGGCCGCUUCUGCAAAAUCAUAUCAAACAGAUAUGGAAAGAGGUGAACGACCAAUUCAAGGUGUGAUAUUUCUCAAUACUGCAGUCUAUCCAACAAUGAUCGAAGACGAAGAUACACCAUCAAAUCAUUUUUAUCAUUUAUAUUUACACGAAAUCUUUCAUGCUCUUGGAUGUGAUAGCUUCUUUAUGAAUUUGUUUCAUCCUAUUGAUGACUAUGCUCCUUAUAGAGAAACAAAAUGCAGUCUCAUAAAAGGUGGAAAACAAUUUACUUUCCUUGUCACUCCUUUCUGUCACAAAUGGGCAAUGAAACACUACAAUGUUGAAUAUUAUUACGGUGAUAACAAUGAAAGAUGCUUAUCUGGCGUAGAACUCGAAGAUGCUGGUGAUGAUGGAGCAAUUGGAUCUCAUCCGAAGCUAAGGGCAUACAUACAAGACUUAAUGACAAGUAACUCACUCUCGCAAGCUAAAAAUUGGGUGAAAUUUACGGAUUUAACUAUGGCAAUCUUACUUGAUACUGGUAAUUAUAAGAUAAACUAUACAGCCGCACAACCUCUUUUAUGGGGAAAUAAAGAUUCUAUUGAUGGAGUUACUUAUUUGACAGGUUUUCCAAUUGAAUCUCCUCAAAUUUCAUUUCCAAAGUAUUACUUGAUGACUGGCGAACAAAAUGAAAAGUCUUAG